AUGGCGGCGGAGCGGAGAGAGGGGUUUCCUUCACUGCGGCAGGAGAGGAGCGCGAGCUGCUUACACAACCAGGAGGUGCUGGGAGGAGAGAGUUCGGUGAUAGCGGUACUGAUGGACCGUCGGCACCGCUGCAGACCGGUCCACAUUCCUGCACAGCAGCUGCUGGAUGUUGUCGCCAUGGAGACGGGAAGGGAUUCAGGCCAGGGCUUACGUAAGAAAGCAGCUGAACUCUCCAGUUUUCACCUGAAUCAUCGGCUGCGGGAGAGGUAUGGACCCCUGUUCGGGCUCUACAUCGGCCCUCACUUCACUCUCGUGGUGAACAACCACCGACACGCCCGUGACGUUCUGCUGCAGAGGGGGAGGGACUUCGCUGGACGUCCAAACAUGGUCACCACCAGCCUGCUGACCAGAGGAGGGAAGGACAUCGCCUUCUCCGAUUAUUCUCCUCUCUGGAAGCUUCACCGACGCCUCGUUCACAACUCCUUCGCUCUGUUCGGAGAGGGCACCAGCCGACUGCAGGACACAGUUCUGUCCUCGGUGGACAGUCUGUGCGCUGAGCUGCUGUCCAACGGGACACGUGGAUUCGACCCGUCUCCCGCGGUGACCAGAGCCGUCACCAACGUGGUCUGUACCCUGGUGUUCAGCAGCACCUAUCGCCACGGCGACGGCGAGCUGCAGGAGGUGAUCCGGUACAACAACGGCAUCGUGGAGACGAUCGCCCAAGGAGGACUGGUGGACAUCUACCCCUGGAUGAAGUUCUUUCCCAACAGGUCUCUGAGUAAACUGAAGGAGUGCAUCACGGUCAGGGACAAACUGCUGAGCCGCAAACUGGAGGAGCACAAGGCAUCGCUCAGCGAUGGAGAACCUCGGGACCUCUUGGACGCCUUGUUAAAAGGUCAGACAGGAAGUGGGCGGGGUCAGAAGUCACAUGGAUCAGAGGAGGAGGGGAUAACAGACGACCAUGUCCUGAUGACGGCGGCUGAAGCUUUUGGAGCCGGAGUGGAGACGACGUCCACCACUCUGCUGUGGAUCCUGGCCUACCUGCUGCACCACCCAGAGGUCCAGGAGCGUGUGCAGAAAGAGCUGGACGAGCACGUAGGCAGUGAGCGAGCGGUGAGAGUGUCAGACCGCAGCCAGCUACCGUACCUGGAGUGUGUCAUUAAUGAGGGCAUGAGGAUCCGACCGGUCAGUCCGGUACUGAUCCCCCACACCGCCUUGACCGACAGCAGUGUUGGAGGUCACGCUGUGAGACGUGGAACUCGUGUUUUGGUCAACAUGUGGUCGAUUCACCACGACCCCCAACACUGGGACAGACCUGAUCUGUUCCACCCAGAUCGUUUCCUUGACGACCAAGGCCACCGUGCCACGCCUUCCUGCUUCCUGCCGUUCGGGGCGGGGCCUCGAGUCUGUGUUGGCGAAUCACUAGCCAGGCUGGAGCUUUUCCUCUUCCUGUCCUCUCUGCUCCAGCGAAUGAGCUUUAAGCUUCCAGAUGGGGUUUCCCCUCCAAACUUGCAAGGACGACUGGGUGUGGUCUUGCAGCCAUUACCUUAUAAGGUCGUAGUCACUCCAAGGCCAGGCUGGGAGGGCGGGGUUAAAUGAAAAGGAGGGAAAUAGCUAAACCUCGAGGCCAAAAUAACAAGGCUUCGCUAAAAUAUUAUUAAAGUUA